AUGACGGAGCGUGGUCCGCUUGCGCUUUGCGGGUCUGCGUUUAACGGCGAGCAGGCGGUGGUGUUCAAGUCGGAGAAGGCUGUACGCCGCGUCGAGCCGGCCGGUUUCGCCUUCUUCCUGAGUCGGGAAUGGCAGCUGCAGGUGCCGUACGAGGACAUGCUUCGGCCGAGGCAGAUCGAGCACGUCGACCGGCCUACGAUCGACCGCGUCGAGGCGUACCUGACCAGGUUGAAAGUGGAGCAACAUGACGGGAAGCACGUGUUUGCGCUGAAGAAGCAGUGGGCGGAUAUUCUGUCCGAGGGCACGCAGACGGCGCCGCUGACCGACCGGUCCGAGGUCGGCACGGAUGACUCCCCGAAGCUGCAGAAGGCCGCCUCGCGUAAAUGCCUGGGUCUGGUCAGGGACUUCGUGGCGAAGAACCAGAACGCGUACGAGCUGCUCAACGUGUGCGACUCUGACGACAUCACGACGAUCAAGGCCAACUACAAGAAGAUAGUGCUGCUGCUGCACCCGGACAAGGCUGCGCACACUCGCGUGCCGCAGGAAAUGGCGCAGUACGCGGCCAAGUACCGGCUGAGGAACCUAUGCGAGGAGGAGCGCAAGCAGCAGUUUUUGCUGCUGCAGGACGCCUUCACCAUCAUGAGCGACCCCCAGCUGCGGCACGAGUACGACUGCAGCCUGCCCUUCGACGAGAACAUACCGACGAAGGAGCAGGUGAGGGACGCGGAAGACUUCUUCGCGCUUUUCGCGCCCGUGUUCGAGCUCAACGCGAGGUGGUCGAACACCAAGCCCGUGCCCGCCAUAGGCGCGCAGGACGCCACUGACGACGAAGUGGACGCGUUUUACGACUUCUGGCGCAACUUCGAGACGACGCGUACGUUCAGCCAUGCGGCGCCGCACCUGCUGGACGACGCGGAGUCCAGGGAGGAGAAGCGCUGGAUGGAGCGCGAGAACCUCAAGGUGCAGAAGAAGCUGGUGAAGAAGGAGAUGGUGCGCAUCCAGAAGCUGGUGGACCUCGCCCAGGCACACGACCCGCGUCUGAAGGCGCGUGCCGAGCGAAGGCGGCUUGAGAAGAUCGAACGGCAGAAACAGAUCGAACAGGAAACGCUCAGGGACCAGCGGGAGCGUGAGGAGGCGGAGGCCAGGCGUCGCGACGAGCUGGAGCGGUCGCUCAACCGGGAAAAGUUUGAGAAGCAGAUCGUGAAGAAGCUGCGUCAACACAUUCGGGCAAUCGGCGCUAAGCUACCCAACGGCGCCGAAUUAUCGCAACAUUUCGACCGGCUAUCGGAGUUGGACUACGAGUUUGUCAAGGAGGCGUGCCAGGACAUUUAUGCGCUCAUCGGCCACGCAACGCAGAUCGAGGGCUGUGAGGAAUCGCUCCAAUUCGUGAAGCGCAUGGACGCCAUCGUCAAGUCCGCCGUGCUGUCCGAUCCCAAGCCGUACGAGGAGGUCCUGCUGCGCGUGUCUGCACAGAUCUCGCCACCCGUGGUGUCCGCGGCAACCGAGGUGAAGGAGGCGAAGCGAACAGACGCGGAGGAGGACGCUCCCGCCCCGUGGACCCCUGAUGAACUAUCGCGACUCUCCAAGGCCGUCGAAUUACACGUGGCGGGUGUCACUGACCGCUGGAGCCUUAUUGCAAAACACGUUAAGACCAAGACGGCCGCGCAGUGCAUCCAGAUGGCCAGAGAGGUAGCUGCUGGGAAGCGGGUCGCUACCGGCGCCGCCAACUCGGCGAGUUCUAGCGUUGUGUACGGUGAGAUGUGGAGUGCUGAGCAGCAGAGCGAGUUCGAGGCUGCGCUUUCGAAGUACCCGUCUUCGUUGGACCCGGCUACGAGGUGGCGCAUGAUCGCGUCUGAAGUGCAGGGCAAAACGCCCAAGGAGUGCCUCAGCAGGUUCAAAAUGAUCAAGGCCACCAUCGCCGCAGCGGCCACGCGAAACUCAAACAACACAAAUUAA